AUGUCGGGGAAAGCAUCGGUUUCUCGAUUGUACUUAGAACACUGGCAAACUCAUGGUGGGCUCAAUGUACCUCCACCUCCAAGCCAGGUACCUGUGGAAUUUCCGCUAGUCAGUGGCUAUUGGUUUGCAGUUGUAGCAGCCGCGAUUGGGAUUCUUUUGAAUAUUUCAUUUAUCAUACAUCUGCUCCUUAAGAAAUAUACCCCAUUUGCUUGGUUUGCUAUUGGGAAGGGGUGCUGCGACUUAUUGGCCUGCUUCUUCUACGCAUUGGGUGAGAUAUAUCGGAUAGUGCACAAUUCCUUGCGACGGAGGUGGAUGGGUUGUGAAGUCGUAAUUUCGAAACCCGCAUUUUGGGUCUUCUUCGCCAUCCGUAUGGCCCUUAUGGUCAUGGAAGCUUGGUACCUCUUUACUCGCCUCGUCUUCCCGUCUGUCUAUCGACGCCAUGGUGGAUGGAUAAUAUUAGGCUGCAUCUUCUCUUUCUUCAUUGGUCAAGCAAUUGUGGCUAAUUUUGUGCAUUCUCUAACCGCUGAAACGGGGAGGCACAUGCUAUGCUUCGAGACUAUGGACAUGUUUCGUCUUUAUAAUGAUGGAACUGGCAGCCAAAAACUUGCCAUUGCUCACCACAUAGCCAUGGCUUUCAUUGUGCCGCUUCUCUUCACGCACUCCAUCUACACGAACGUGCUGAAUGUCCUCAUCGAGUCUCCAAGUGCCACUCAUCUGCUCUCAUAUAAUUCCGUUCAACAAAUGUACUUUAUGGACAACCUUCUCCCUGUGUUCGUGUGGAGCCCCUUUUUCUUUCUCUUCUUCGUAUUUCACUUCGGUACAUAUCUCCACUUUUCCCAGGCGACCGUACUUCACAGAAUUACCUUUGGUGCUGGUCUUACAUACCACGCUUUUUACCCUCUGUUAUGCGCCUACUUCAGACGUGACGUUGGCGGCCACCUGAUGGGCGGUUUGGAUGUGAGUCACGGCCACUGGGCUAAAAAUGAACAGGAAGACAGGGGAGAGUUUUAUGGCUUAAGCAUCGAACGUGUAGCCCAACCGUGGUCCAGCAGCACCGUCAGACCUCUGCAGUUUUAA